AUUUCAUUGGAGCUUUCCUGCUAAAAACAAACACAAAGACGGACUCGUUCAAGGUUUCAGAAGUCAAAAUUAAAACACGAAUGCACUAGGAAGUGAAUUAUGAGGAUUCAGAAGUCAAACAAAUCGACUAGCUCAUUUGAAUCAUGUCUAGUCUAUGCAACUCCAUCUCUAUGAACUAAAAAGAGUCUUAUUUCCUCUAAAAAGAUCAAAACAUGGCAGAUGGUGCUGUAAAUUUCUUGCUUGAUAAACUAACCACUCUAAUAUUUCAAAAAGCAUCAGUUUUAGGAGAUGUGAAAGAUGAAGUAGAAGAUAUUAAGGAAGAGUUUGAGAGUAUGAGAGCUUUUUUGAAAGAUGCAGACAGAAGAAAAGAGACUAAUGACGGAGUUGGCAGUUGGGUGAGACAAGUAAGUGAGGUAGCUCAUGAUGUCGAGGAUAUUAUUGAUGAAUUCAUGCAUCAUGAGGAUAAAUGGCGAAGACGAGGUACUGGGAUCAAUGGAAUUAUACACCAUACAGUUAACCUUCUUAAGAUUGUAAUCACUCGUCAUCGAAUUGCUUCGAAGUUACAGAACAUCAAGACUAAGGUUCAUGAGAUAGCGGAGAGAAGCAAGCGGUAUGGUUUUGAUAAGAUAGACGACAGAAAAAUCCCAAAUGAGGUCAAUGGACGGCGAAGUCCGGGUGAAACGGCUCUGUUUGUCAAGGAAGAUGAGAUUGUGGGUAUGGAUGAAAACAGAAAGAAGCUGCUCUUGUGGUUGUCAGAGGAGGAACCACGGCGAACAAUCAUCUCAAUUGUUGGAAUGGGUGGUCUUGGAAAGACAACUCUUGCUACUGAAGUCUAAAGAAAAUUGGGUAAUACAGGUUUUGGUUUCUCACACAACAGUGUAAAGGUUGAUGAUUUUAUUAUGUAUAUAUACUGAUUGUUGUUACAUAACAAG